UAUUCGGUCACAACACAACUGCCAACAAACACUUUAGUGCCUUUCAGUAGUAUUGAUAAGUGUUAGUUUGUUUACUGCAUUUAUUACACUAUGUCGUCCGGCGGCUGGGAAUUAGUUGGAAGGAACAAAAAGGAUAAAAGCAAUGGAAAGAUUAAUAAACUCACUAAAACUGAAAAAAAGAAAUUUAUUGAAAAUGCUCCAAAAGUAGAGGAUUUUUUACCUCUGAGUCAAGUGAAGAGUUUGUACGAUAAUUUGGAAAACAAAGAAAAUAAGAAAUUGUCAAAGGAAAAAGAAAGUAAAACUAAAGAAAAUGAAGAGAAGAAGAAGCAACAAAAACAACAACAAUCAGAAAAAAAGAAACAAGAGCCUAAGGAGAAGCCUCCAAAAUCUAUAAAAGAUGCAUUAAAUGCGAUUAAUCCAGAUGAGCUUAGUGAUGUUUUGACUAGCGGUCAAACAAUAUUUCCAGAGGCACCAUUAAUUUGGCUAAAAAAUCUUGCUGCAUUUCUCAAUGUAAAGUUACCUAUUGACAAAGAAGAUGCAAUUUUCUCUGGGAAACCCAAAGAUUAUCCAUUGAGUGUAGUACCUAAACCAAUUUCUUCCACUUUAGAGAAAGCCAUUGAGUUGGCAGGGAAAAGGACAGCACAACUUUUUUAUGAAAAUACUCUGACUGCAAUGGCUACCGACAUGGUAAGAAGAUCAGCUGUUGUUGGCCACAAAAUAUUUUUACAACUUUUAGCAUGUAUUGACCCUGAAAUGACUGUUGCUAACAUUCCUAAACUAAUCGCCGUGAGAAAUUCCUAUCAAAAUAGAAAAACUAUUGGAUUAUCUCUACUAUGGGCUUUGUCACAAGCUGGUAGGGAAAACUUGGCUGUGGGUUUAAAAGUGUGGCACGAAGUAAUGUCUCCCAUGUUAGAAACAAAGAGUUACUCGAAUUAUGUAGCACAAAUUCUUAAUGAUCUUGCUUUCAAGCAUGAGAAUUUCCAUGAUCUCAAACCAGAAAUGUAUCUUGACAUUGUUGAAGAUGUAUAUUCUGGAAAGCUUAAUAUACCUGUCACUGUAAGCAGAGAAAUCGAUAACAGUGUUGAAAGAUUAAGACUUAUAUUAUUUAAAAAUAAAAAUAUAAGUUACACAAAACUGUUUGAAAUAUUAAUGGGUAAAGUUACACAAAAAGUACAUGCAAACUAUAGGGAUGAAUUAAUUAAAGCUCUUGUAGCUUGUUUGACUACAGAUCCUCUUUGUUUUUCUGUUUGGAGAUCUCUUUAUGCCAAGAAUUUGUACCAGUCUCAUCUAAUUUUAACAUACAUCGAUGCCAAAUGGAGUAUCUUACAUACAGCUUUGGAAACAAAGUGUUUAAAAGAAACGUCUAUAGUAUUUCAGACAACUAAUGAGAGGUGGAAAAAGGGCAAAGAUGAAAGUCUUGCUGGUAGUUGCAGUAAAAUAUGCAAGAUUCUACUAGUGAAAAUGACAGCUUCAUCCAAUAAGAAAUUUCCCUGGGGAAAGGGAAUUAUUUUAUUAUUACUUCUGACUGGUGCUAUUGUAGGUUACGAUGUUUACCAACACGAUAAUUUUAAAGAGUCCAGUACAGGUAAGUUCUUGAAUAGAAGUGGAUUAUCUGCACACGGACAAAAAACAUGGACUACGGUGCAAGGAUAUUCUUUCAAGACGCUUCAAUUUAUAGAAGCUAGUUCACCAGAAUACUACAAAGCAGCCAUUGAAACAUGUAAACCUUAUAUCAAACUAGCAGGAGACUUUUAUCUUGUGAUGAAAAAUGUUUCUCUCAAAAUUUAUGAUAAUGCUGUGACGUAUGUUAGAAAGAAUCAGCCUGUGGUUCUGCAGACAAUUGAAUAUUAUACUCCAGGAAUGUUAGAUGAAAUUCGUUUGCGGAGUAAUCAGGGACUGGAACUUUUGAAAAUUUAUUCAAACAUGUUCAUGGAAAAAUUUAUUGAAUAUUCAAGUGCAACACUACGAUGGUUAGAGUACAAUGUUUUUGUCGGAAAAUUAAGUCCAGAAAAUUUGCAAAAUUAUGCCUUAAAGGCAAUUGAUACCACACAAACUUUGGCAAGUCAAACUUAUAAUUGGGUGUAUGAAAAGGUGCAAACACUAUCGAAAGUUCCGUAAAUGAAAUGUUUUGAAUGAUGCAACCAAUUUUUUUAGUGAUAAAAAUCUCCUCCCACACCUCAGCAUUUACUUUUAUGAUUCCAAAGUUGAACAUUGUAUAUUUCCAAAUGUAUUGCGGCGGCCAUUUCACCUGUGAUAUUUGAAGAAUGUAACAUGUUUCAAUGAAUCAUGACAUUUAAAAAAUCAGAAAAUUUGAUCAGUGUUGAUCUGUUUUUUUAAGUUACUGUUUCAUGUCAAGCAAAGUAAUUAUUAAAGUAAUA